AUGUCUGCUGAACCCAAGAUCCAAGAUCUGCUCAACAAGCCCAAGAGCGAGCUCACUGAAUAUGAGGUCGCUCUGGUGGAGGAACAUGAAAUGACCGCGGGCCCUCUGUCUCUGCUGCAAACUGCGACGCGCACCCACACCCAAGUCCUCAUCUCAUGCCGGAACAACCGUAAGCUGCUCGCGCGUGUCAAGGCUUUCGACCGUCACUGCAACAUGGUGUUGGAGAAUGUCAAGGAGAUGUGGACGGAGAAGCCCAAGGGGAACAAGGGAAAAGGUGUUAACAAGGAUCGAUUCGUGAGCAAGAUGUUCUUGCGAGGCGACUCUGUCAUUCUUGUUCUGCUUAGUUGA